UUCGCCUGUGUCAAGUGCCAUCACUUCUUCAAAACAAAUAUCAUUUAUUAUUUUCUUUAUAUCCGCACUUGUUUCUCUCAAAAUGUCCAACCAGGAGACCCAGGUAUCCAGCCUGCCGAUGCCGCCGGAGCGGUACAUCGCCAAUUACACGGACGAGAAUAUCCGCCGCAACCGAGCGCCACGCCCACCGCCACCGCCGGCGCAGCACGAAGUAUAUAGCAUGUUUGGCAUCCAGUACAACAACGACGAGAUGAUCCGCAGCUUGGAGUCCCAGAACAUCAAGCGACUGAUCCCCAUUCAUUUUGACCGGCGCAAGGAGCUCAAGAAGCUCAACCACUCCCUCUUGGUCAACUUCCUAGAUCUCAUUGACUUUCUUAUCCUGAAUCCUGACAGCCCGCGGCGCACGGAAAAGAUUGACGAUAUCAGUCUGCUGUUCGUCAACAUGCAUCACCUCCUCAAUGAGUUUCGCCCACAUCAGGCGAGGGAAACGCUGCGCGUCAUGAUGGAAAUGCAGAAGCGGCAGCGCGUGGAGACCGCCACCCGUUUCCAAAAGCACUUGGAACGUGUGCGCGAGAUUGUUAAUACCGCCUUCUCAGCUCUGCCGGUUCUAGAUGAUGACGACGAUAGCGGCGGAGCAAAGAUUAAGACGGAGGUGGAUCCGUUGGAGGCGAAUGCGGCGGCCAAGAAUGAUCCCAGUUACCAGCAUGACCGCAUGUUGUGCAAGCUGGUGGACGCCAUCGAGUAAGCUGAGUUGGCAGAAGACUGGACAUCGACGCUGGAAAUAGUGUCAAUCAUUGUGAAUGGCUUGGAAAAAAGAGCUCCUCAUAUUUAUAACUGCUUUUAGUGUAAGAAAUAAAACCCCAAUCGUGUGAUGAGAAUCUUGCACGUCUAAUGA